CGUGCGUGUGUGCGUGAAUGAAUGUGCGCAUGUGUGUGCAUGUGUAUGCAAGUGUGUGUGUAUGUGUGUGGUGUAAGGACAAAUUGCAAUCACCACAAUGUGCAACAUUGUAUCACUCCAAAAGGUCUGGAUCUUCUUCAGGGAUGCUAUCUCAUAUCAGCAGACAGACAAUGGAAUGUCUAGCUAUGAAUCAUCUCUACAUGAAAUGACUUUGAUUUUGCUGCUCUUGAAGUUGUCUCUGAUACAAACGCUCUGCUGAACUGAACACUGGAUUUUCCCAUUUAGGUUGUUACAGAUGUAGGAUUUUAAUUUGAUCACCCUGUUGCAGGAAAUGUAAAACUUGUAGUGUAUUUGAGGUUUAAAAAGGUUUCUGAAGUUUGUAAUUUCCCGCUUUGAAAUGUUAGAUUUGUCCAUUCAUUGUAAUCCACAUAAUAAUUUACAUUUCUGGUUGCUGCAGGGUUAUUUUCUUGAUGUAGCAAACUGGCUCAAAUUAAGAACCUACAUCUUUACUUUUAUUCAUAGACUUUGGGUUGGGACAUAGGUAGCCUAAAACAGAAUAAGCUGAGUAGGUUUGAUACUACUGCAAUGAUGUUUCAUGUUUUUUGUGUUAUGAAUGUUUUGUUUUGGGUUUUGAGUCGAGGCUGAGCCUUGAAUUAUGUAAUCUUGAUUGGAAUAAUUUUGAGAAGAAUAAUUGAUUAACUUUAAUGUAUGGCGCAAAAAAUAAAGUUGAACUUUUGAGUUGUUGCCACGUCAUCAGGUUCGUCAUGUUUUGAUUUGUUAUCGUUGAGUGUAAAUUAUGUAAACCUAUUGUUGAGUAUUAUUUGAAAUAGACUAGAAAUUUUCUUCUAAAACGUGUAUAAAAACCAUAAAAGCCGACCCCCGCCCAAAAAUUGUCUGGAAGAAAUGUAGRCUAUGCUGCCUUUACUACCCCGCAGAGACCUUGGGCCGUGACGUCGCGAUUACCCAAACUUUCGGAAAAUUCUUCAGGAGAAAAACAACCAAGGAAUGUUCCAACUCCUGCCUUUUUAUUCCGCAACUUGUCGUCGAAAUGAGAAUAUAUUUAUCACGCUGUACAGAAUCUUUAGGAGUGCUCUUGUUAAUCUUUGCAAUAGUCUUUGUGAAUAGCUGCGACUGUGUGAAUGAUGACGAUGUGGUGUUGGAGAAAAAAGAUCUUUCCGAACUCUACAACAAGGGUCUGUUCAUCAUGGAGAGUACCCAGCUGAAGCGCUGCAUCUCCUCCUCCUCUUCUAACCUGGUCCUGGAGAGCUGUGAGAGGCCCACCCGCCAUAUGCUGUGGAAGUGGGUGUCUCGCCACCGCCUCUUCAAUCUGGGUAGCAGCCUCUGUCUGGGCCUGAACAUCAGCGACUCCACCCAGCCCCUGGGCACCUUCGAGUGUGACUCACCCCUCCGGACCCUGUGGUGGAGGUGCAAUGGGAAUACGUUGUACGGGGCGUCCCAGUUGAAGCUGUCCGUGGCUGGACGCCUGGUGGUGGUCAAGAGGGCCAGUUAUCAUCAGUGGCGGAGGUACUCUACACCGGGGGAGGGGCCAUGUGCCUAUCCUUAUGAGGAGAUCCACACACUGCUGGGUAAUGCCCACGGCAUGCCUUGUGCCCUGCCGUUCAAWUACAACAACAAGUGGUACUCGGAGUGCACGGCAGAGGGGCGCGAGGACCACCAUCGCUGGUGUGCCACCACCAGUCGAUACGACCAGGAUGAGAAAUGGGGCUUCUGUCCCAGUCAAGAGUUGGGCUGCGAUACGUUCUGGGACUCGAACCAGGAGAGCCGUGCGUGUUACCAGUUCAACCUGUACACCAUCCUGACGUGGAGCCAGGCCUACUCCUCCUGCCUGGCCCAGGGAGGAAGUCUACUCAGCAUCACUGACCACACUGAACAGAUGUACAUCAGAGAGCGGUUGGCUGACGUGGGGGUGAUGGUGUGGAUCGGACUGAACCAUCUGAGUGAGAGAACAGGGUGGCAGUGGUCUGAUGGAGCUCCUCUGGCCUUGGUCAACUUCACCUCAGGCCUAUCAUCCAGCCCUCUGCAGGACAACAGACAGUGUGGAGUGUAUAACUCGGGGGGGCACCAGUGGCAGAGUCUGUCCUGUGAGUCUGCUCUACCCUACAUCUGUAAGAAGACCCCCAAUGACACCAGGAGAGCUGAGCCACUAGAUAACUGGCAGUACUACCGCACGGUGUGUUCCGAGGGCUGGCUGGCCCACAACCGUUACUGCUACAAAGCCCUGGCAGAGGCUGAGGCAGGGAGCUGGGAGGACUCCUCCACUGCCUGUAACUCCAUAGGGGCCAACCUCACCAGCCUACACUCGCUAUCUGAUGUAGAACUGCUGCUGGGCCUGCUGGCUAACGUCUCAGGGUCUGGCUCAGAGGUGUGGAUCGGCCUGAUAAAGAAGCUUAUCGUCCUCAGCUGUGGAGUGGUCAGAACGGCUCCCCAGUCGACCUCACUCUCUGGCACAUGCACCAUCCUACCCAUAGCAACAGUCAGCUCUGUGCCAAAGACUGACAUAACGGAGGGGAACUGGCUGUUGAACCAAUGCGAUGAGAAGCUCCCUGCGGUGUGUAGGAGAGCAGGACUCCCACUGGAGCAUGGGACGAGGGCUGUCCUGAGGUUUGAGCAGGCCUUUCUGAACAGCCUGGUGAGUGAGCUGGGAGCCAACGGUAGCGUAUUUUACUGGACGGCCCUACAGGACCAGGGUAACCAUGGAGAAACAGAGGGUCGUUGGUUCUGGGUGGGCUUGAAUAAGAGAGACCCCCAGUCAGCAGGAGCUUGGGAGUGGUCUGACGGGACCCCCGUGGUGUCCUCCUUCGUAGAGGAUAAGAACGAGGAGGAUGACAGACAUAGCUGUGSCGUGUACAGCGACCUGACCAAYGCCCUCCWGCCACAGCCCUGCGACACCAAGCACGAGUGGAUCUGCAAGGUUCCCAGAGGUAUGGAGCUGAACAAACCCUACUGGUAUAACGACCAGAACGAGCCCUGGGUGUUCUACAGAGGCGCAGAGUAUCUGCUGGCCAGGCAGCCUUUUCCCUGGGAGGGUGUUAACCUGGCCUGUAUGAUGAUGGGCGCCCACUUGCUGUCUGUCCACUCUAAAGAGGAGCUCCGAUUCAUCAGAGAGCGCAUGGGGAAGGUCUGUACACACACACAAGCCGACACGAGUUCACACACGCCAGCCGAGACAUUCACACGCGAGCGCCCUCAUUCCCACACGCGCCUGUACAUUCACAGUUCACACACAAGUGCCCUCACACACUCUCUCUCUCUCUUACACACACAUACAAACACACACGCCGACACAUUCGCACAUUCAUGCCCUCGCGUACAGGAAUACUCUCUCUGGGGUCGAUUGACUGAGUGGAUAGGUGUCCACAGACCUCGUGAGGAAGAGUCAGUUGAUGAUAAAUCCGCUGUGGAUUAUCAGAAUUGGGCAGAAGGAAGCUCCCAUGAUGCCCCAGUGAAACAGAAACAGUGUGUUACCAUGUCUUCUAUCUCAGGUCAGUGGUCGGCGGGUGAGUGUGGCGAUCUCCAUGCUCACGUAUGUAAGCGCCRGACCGUGUCCGUGGUGGAGAUUCCCAGAGAGCCUCACUACAUCGGAGGCUGUCCAGAGAGAUGGCUCUACUUCGGACACAAGUGUCUCCUGCUGCACCUCCCCAACAGUUCUGAGGAGGGGAAGACCUGGAGAGACGCCCAGUCUAUCUGCUCCUCUUUCCAAGGCACGCUGGUCGCCAUCCAAGACGAGAUCGAGCAAGCGUACAUCACCAUGCUGCUCCAGGGCAGUACAGUGGGCGUUUGGAUUGGUCUACGGGAUGAGGACACCAUGAAAUGGACCAAUGGGAAACCUGUCAGCUACACCAACUGGUCCCCUGUAGAACCCAAGAACCCUCUGACGUGUGUGUGUGUGUGUGUGUGUNUGGGCAGUUGGAGUGAUGAGUCCGCUGUGGAUUAUCAGAAUUGGGCAGAAGGAAGCUCCCAUGAUGCCCCAGUGAAACAUAAACAGUGCGUGACCAUGUCCUCUAUCUCAGGUCAGUGGUCGGCGGGUGAGUGUGGCGAUCUCCAUGCUCACGUAUGUAAGCGCCGGACUGUGUCCGUGGUGGAGAUUCCCAGAGAGCCUCACUACAUCGGAGGCUGUCCAGAGAGAUGGCUCUACUUCGGACACAAGGAUGAGUGGCUGAGCGGGCCCCUGGGCGGGGACGAUCCUCUGUGCACGGUGGUCUCCAACAACCACAACUUCCACCUGACAGGGAAGUGGUUCGACGAGAAGUGCACAGAAAGUGGAUAUGGCUUUGUCUGUCAGAGACCCCAAGACACAACUAAACCCCCAUCCCACUCUUACCUCCACCCUCUCCCUGACAAUAUUGAGUACAAGAACCACAGAUACAGGGUUGCCCGUGGCAACAUGAGCUGGUACGAGGCGCUGAAUAUGUGCUUAGAGUCUGAGUCUGAGCUGGUGAGCGUUACCGACCCUUUCCACCAGGCGUUCCUUACUGUCCUUGUCAAUAGAUUGGCAUUCCCCAACUGGAUUGGACUGUAUAGUCAAGACGAUGGGAUCAACUACCAGUGGUCUGAUGGCAGUGACACGGUCUUCACCCACUGGGAUACGGCCGAUGAUGAUGAUUUCAUCCUGGGGGACUGUGUGUACAUGGACGUCACCGGGGGCUGGAGGAGGGCCGACUGUGAGAUGCCGCUCCAGGGAGCCCUGUGCCAUGUCCCACCACCUAAGAGUAAUGCGUUCACCACCUAUGAGGUUGUGUGUCCAUCGACGUGGGUGAGGUUUGGCGCCAGCUGCUACAGCUUUGAGCCCGUGGUCCAGAGACUGACCCUGGAGGAGGCUAGAGAGCACUGCAAACACAAAGCGAACACAUCAGAGGUCCUGACCAUUCAGACAGAGACRGAAAACCGGUUUGUCCUGGAGCAGCUGUGGUCGCAUGGCUUCCCACAUCAAACCGUCUGGCUGGGGAUGUUCUUCAACACUGACACGGGCUCCAUGGCAUUGCUCGAUGGUUCUCCUAUGGACUACUCCAACUGGAACGUCAGGGCCCCCGACCCAAGCCUGCUGACAGCAGACACCUGUGUGUCCACCAGGGUGUCUGAUGGGAUGUGGCUCCUCUCUCAGUGCACUGACAGACUGGGCUUUGUCUGCAAAACGAACUCAGAUAUGAUCCCUGAGGUAGAAGUGGCGCCACUAAAUGGGUUGCACCACGGUAUCGUCCCAGCCGCAGUCCUGGUGGCCAUGCUGAUCUUCGCCGUGCUGGUGGCGGUCCUCUGGUUCGUCUACAAGAGGAACGUGACGCGCUUCCGCAGACUGCCGUCCCUGGGAAACGCGUACUACAGACAUACUAGUUCCCAGGCCACAGACUCCGAUGGAAAUGUUCUCAUCGCAGAUCUGGAAGCUCACUCUGGAGAAUAGGGCUGUGUCCGAAAUGGCACUCGUUCCCCUAUAUAGUGCACUGCUUUGGUCAAAAGUAGUGCACUAUAUAGGGGAUAAGGUGCCUUUUUCAGAUGCACUAUAGGACUUAUUGGAGACAGCAAAAUGGUGGUGUUCUCUAAAGUUGGGUAAAGCAUGGGAAUGGGCCGAACUCUCUGUAUGACUGAACAUUGGUAUGUCUCUGUGGAUUCUGACAUGGACCACAGCAAGGGAACUUAGGGAAUGAUGUCAGAGCCCAAUUAGCUUUAUCCACUUUAAUCCACAGGAGGCUGCUGAGGGGAGAACUGUUCGUAAUAAUGGCAGGAAAUUAGAAAAUGGAAUGGCAUCAGACAUCUGGAAACCAUAAUGUUUGAUUUAUUUGAUACAAUUCAACUCCAGUCAUUACAAAGGAGCCCGUUCUCCCCAAUUCAGAUGCCACCAACCUCCUGUGCUUUAUAAAAGUAGUUGAUGAAUUAGGGACCAAUCGUGUGGCUGAGAGUGAGGGAGUGCAUCUUCAUGUGAAGUAAGUUUUGUCUACAAAGGAUUAGUGCUGUUAUCCCAAGUACUUUGAAAGGUGCUGACAUUCUAAUGUAUGCGUUUGAAAGUCGAUAGAUAUUCUUUGCACUGUAAACUUGCAGUUUCGUUAUUAUGGUACAAUGCCAACUGCUCCCACUAACGCUGGUACCCACUGUAUUUGUGAGUACAAGUCUUUCACACAAUGAAGACUAGUUUUCUGUAAUGCCGUGUACAGGACCCAAAACUAUUUUCUUGUUUAAGAUAACAAUGGCCGCGAUUCAGUUAUUCUUUACAGCAAAGACAAAAGUCAUACUUUUGCAAUACAUUCUGAAGUCGUCUUCUAUGUAUUUUAUAUUUAUGAACAGAAAUAAGACCCCAAAUCAAUUUUUUGAAAUCGAAAAGUGUCAUUAAAGUACGGUGUUUCUUUGUCAGCACUUUAUUGCACAAAACUCCAUUAAUGCAAUACGGAAAGAUGAUGUUUUAGUUUAGAGUUUUUUCUGUUUGUUUAUGUGCAUUCCUGUUGCGUAUUUUCCUACACACAGAACACACACUCACACCCUCACAGUAUUUUUUAAGUAGCUCAUAAGUACAUACAUGAUAUUCGUAAGAGGAAGGGAAGAAAAAGUAAAGAGAAAAAUGCAGGCAUUUAUUUAUGUUUUAUUAUUUAUCGUCACGAGAAAAAUAUUUGUCAUUCACUUCCAUYUUGUUCAUUUGGUCCACACAUCUGUCAAAAUGUAGGAGUGAAGGAACUUUUAUUGAUGAAACAAAAAUGAUGUAACAAAGUGCUGUUAUGUAAAUGGUAGCUCUUUGAGAAUGAAUUCAGUAUUCUAAGUAGACUUAUGUGUGGGUUGUUUGUUAUGAGGUAGUCUUUGCUGUGUUACCAGUUGUAGUUUUUCUAUGUUGGGUACACAGAGUUAUUAGAUAUGAAAUAUGUUGAUGUAGGUUUUUCUGUUGUGUGGAAAGAAAUACAUGCAAGAGGAUGUCACGGAUGCUUGAAAAUGUUUACUGUCUUUUGUUAUUUUUUAUUGAUAAUGGUCAUAACACAUGCUAUGUGCCUUCAGUGUAAAUAAAAUAAAGCUGUAUCCACGUUG